AUGGUGAUUGAACCCAGAAUUAACAAUGUAAUUACAACGUUUCCCUUUCAGUGGGGUGCAAAAACUACGCAUGGCUAUGAAUAUCUUGAAGAAGAAAGUGAGCCAACCAACUCAGCAGAAUCGCCACCCUUUCGCAUCAAAAAGCGGCACUCGUCAGGGGAUCUCGUGGAGAACGUGUCUUUAUAUUUUGGAGGUAUUAUUCAUCGUGAAAAGUCGGAACUGGUCGAUUCAAAACUUCAUUCAACCGAUGAGCCCGAAUGUCGGCAAACGACAGUCAGUGUUGUAGUCGAUGACAGUAUUGACUUUAUUGCGGCCGGCAUUGAGGCCAUCAUUGAGGAUCAAGUGACAAGUCGAUUCCGAGCCGAACAACUACCAUCGUGGAAUCUUCUUACCAGAACUCGAUAUUCAUUCCAAUACAUCAACUGGAAGUUGUCUUUAUUAUGGGCAGCUGGUUUCCUGUUCCGGUAUCUGAUCCUGGUUCCAAUCCGUAUUCUUCUUUUCAUUCUUGGAUUAUCAACGAUGUGUGGAGUGUGCUAUAUUGUAGGACACGUUCCCAAUCAAAAAAUACGAAAGUUCCUCAAUCGGCAUGUUAUGCUUGCGUCUAUGCGUAUAUUUUCGCGAUCGUUCUCCAGCAUCAUUCGAUUUCAUGAUCAAUUACGAGAACACGUGGAGGACGAGAAUAAGCUUCCAAUAAUUAUCUUCCCCGAGGGUACGUGCAUCAAUAAUACGUCGGUUAUGAUGUUCAAGAAAGGAUCGUUUGAGAUUGGCAGUACGAUAUAUCCCAUAGCAAUGAAGUACGACAGUCGGUUGACGGACGCUUUCUGGAAUAGCAGCGAACAGUCAUAUGGCGAGUAUCUGUGGAGGAUGAUGACAUCAUGGGCCAUUAUUUGUGAUGUGUGGUAUCUUCCUCCGAUGACAAAGCAGGAAGGCGAAGAUGCGAUUGCAUUUGCACGGCGAGUAAAACGUGCAAUUGCCAAGAAGGGAGGUUUGGUGGACUUGGAAUGGGACGGUGCUUUGAAGCGAGAACGGGUAUCUUCCAAAUUGAUUCAACUGCAACAAAAGCUUUAUUAUGAUCGGUUGACAAGAACGACAACGAUCAAUAAUAUUACUGAAGAGGAUUUGCAAACGGAUGUGCUAGAUAUCAUGCAGUCGAUUAGCGAAGAAGAUCGUAACUCUCUGAUGAGGCAACUAGAUGAAACUGACGAUGAUGACGCCAUCAUAAGAAAGGUAAGCGCAUACCGACAUGAUCUCCGGAAGUUGUCGGACACGAUGGGUGCGGCUGUGGAACCGGAUUCAAAACAUGUUUGA